GAGAACAACUCCUCCCCCUCCAGACACGUUGAGAAACAUACUGAGAUUCUCUCCGCUGACUGACCCGCCGACGCUCCUCCACUCCGAUCCGAUCCGAUCUCCACCGUUUAACCCCAGGAAGAGAAGACGGGCCGUGAACGCACCUCGUCAUGAACUGGGCAUUCCUCCAGGGCCUCCUCAGUGGGGUGAACAAGUACUCCACGGCCUUCGGCCGCGUUUGGCUCUCCAUCGUUUUCCUCUUCAGGGUCAUGGUAUUCGUGGUCGCGGCGGAGAAGGUGUGGGGAGACGAGCAGAAAGACUUUCUGUGCAACACGGCUCAGCCCGGGUGCCACAACGUUUGCUACGACCACUUCUUCCCCGUGUCCCACGUCCGGCUGUGGGCCCUGCAGCUCAUCUUCGUCACCUGCCCGUCUCUCCUGGUGGUGAUGCACGUGGCCUACAGGGACGACCGGGAACGAAAGAACCGGCUCAAGUACGGCGAGAACUGCCGCAGCCUCUACAAGAACACGGGGAAGAAGCGCGGCGGCCUGUGGUGGACCUACGUGCUCACUCUGGUCUUCAAAAUAGCCGUGGACGCCACCUUCGUCUACCUCCUGUACCACAUCUACGAGGGCUACGACUUCCCCUCGCUCAUCAAGUGCGAAGAGAAGCCCUGCCCCAACGUGGUGGACUGCUUCAUCGCUCGGCCCACCGAGAAACGGAUCUUCACCAUCUUCAUGGUGGUCACCAGCCUGGCCUGCAUCCUCCUCUCCAUCUUUGAAAUCCUCUACCUGGUGGGGAAACGCUGCUGCGAAUGCGCCACCGCGGGAAGAAGCUCUCGCCACGUCGACACCAGCACGCUGUCCAGCGGCGCGACCCUGAUGGAUUCGAACACCCUUAAGGUGGCGGGCAAAUCCCCCCCCGGGACGCCGGCUCCUUCGUACAGCGCGGCCGUGUCUUGAGGCCCAUGAGAAUAAAAGGCAAAGACUUGAUGGGAAAGACUGCUGCGGGACAGGAAAUGCAGCGCUCCUUCCUCCACAGGCCUUUCCUCAAACAACGUUUGACGUUGAAGUGCUCAGAGACGGAGCUGCGUUAGAAACUCUGGAAAAAAUAAGAACUUCUGGAAUACGGGGAGAAUGUGUCAUCGACCUGGAAUGUGCUCACUGGGUUUUUGGUCUGAGUAUUUACCAAUGUUUUUUGUACUUUUUUGGCCUUGGGACCAAUUGCAUGAGUCACUCGAUGGUUUGGCACAGAUGGCGCGCAUGUGCGCGCAAAACACACAUGUGUUUUUUUUUUUUUGUGCGUAAAGUUUUCCUGCUACUCAGUGCCCAACCCUGAAACGUUUACUUCAAGCUUCAAUCCGUCUUUACCCUUCUCGUCCUCCUUCGUGUCUGACUCUUUGUGAAUACUGCCCUUUUAUUUAUCAACAGGAUGGAAAGAUUGUGCUGUAUGCUGUUGUCCUAACUUGUUUUAAAACUGCUUCUUGUGUGCACAGAGGAGAGCAGUGACGUUCCAAUGCAGCGCUGUAAACACAGCCGUUAAGAUCAGGGAGGUUCCCUGAUCCCUGUUUCACAGUGUUGUGCAGUGAGGCUGCACACUUGUUAAUAAUAAUUUACAUUAAAGUUAAUAACACUCAUGAUUUGAAAAUGUGUCCCCCCUCCUUAACAUCAAGAAAGUCAAAUGAGGUCCAAACGCAUACUGCUAUCAAUUCAAAAGUAGUGUCAUAUUUACCCAACGUGUCUCUGCAUAGAAAAUAUACUAAACAUAAACUGGCAAA